AAUUAUCCUAACCUUCUACGAAAAACUCACUUCCGGUCGUAGGUGUGUCGAAAUGGCGUGUUUAUAGGGAAUCUCGUAAAAAGAAACCCCCCACUCCCACUGAUUCACAGCUGUCAGUUGGAGGAAAAAAACACUGUACAGUAUUUUAACAACCAAGACGAAGAAAGAGCAAAUCCUGGAAACAUCAACGUCGUUUAGAAGCUUCUACGAGCCAGGCGAAUCGCUUUGAAAAGGCGUGACGUGAAGAGCAGUGUCAGUUUGCUCUGUCACACAUUAGAAAUUGGGGUUGGCUAGCUAGUAGCUGGCUAACCAGCUAGCCAGCUAAAUUUAUACUGCUCAAAGGGAUUGGCCUUCUCUUUUGCAUUGGGGGUCAUUACACCGGAAAGGACAUCUCAGGAAUCAAUUAAACCUCAUUUUUAUGUUUUGGGUCCCACGGAAGGGUAAGAGCCCAGGGUCAUAGCUUUUCAAGUUGAGGGAACAUGGCAUGGGGUUCUCUUGCUACUAAGCUGGCGCUAACUAGAUUUUUCCCCCCCUACACUGUGUUGCUCUAAUUUGGCCCUGAACGUGUUGGUGGAGCUCCAGUUGCACAGAAGCCAUGGGGACACCAGGUAGAAAGCGUGCCCCUAUCAAGGACCGGUUUUCAGCUGAGGAUGAAGCCCUUAGUAGCAUUGCCCGGGAGGCGGAGGCCAGGCUGGCUGCAAAGAGAGUGGCCAGGGCGGAGGCGAGGGACAUCCGAAUGAGAGAACUCGAACGGCAACAGAAAGAGCUCUCCUCUCGCCACUCCUCAUCCAGCAGCAGGAAAAGCUGGGGCUCGAUCCACCAAUGGAUGGCCGACACAGAGAAGGCCCGGCACUCUGGAACUAGUACUAGAUCCAGUAGCCAUCAUCGGCGGGAUGAUGAUGUCAUGUCGGUCCGUAGCACUGGAAGCUACAGGUCGACCUCCUCAUUGCGAGACCUGGGCAGCUCGUCUUAUAAAAGCCUGGCCAGCACCUCUCGUCGAAGAGACCUGGUGUCUGACGGUUUGUCCAAUAGCUCGGCUCUGAAGAGUAGCUCCUCUGUGAAGAGUAGCUCCUCUCUGAAGAGUUCCCGCUCCACUAGCUCUGUGUACAACGACCUGCAUAAGAAGGCUCCCGUGUCCAGCAGCUCCAGGAAGGGCCUGCUGACUGGCUUGUACCAUGAUCAGAGGAACUACAGCAGCUUAAAGAACACCACCAAACUUCCUCCUCCCACUACUUCCACCUAUCAGCCUCGGGCCCCAUCUGUGGCCUCCACCGCUGGCUCUGGUUCGGGGCUGACACGCAGCUACAGCCUGGCUUCUAUAAAUGACGACGGUCUGUAUGGCUCGUACACUGGUUCUCAAUUGCAUACUCCCUCUGAGUACAGCUGGUGCUCCAGCCCUGUGAACUCCUCUGAUGACGAUACUGCCAGCACCGUGUCCCAGGAGCGCUACAGUCGCGGCAGGAGAGACAGCGUGUCGUCCGAUUUCUCUGACAUCAGUGAGUCGGCCGCUGACUAUUUCAGCCGCUCCAACCGCAGGGGCAGCGUUGUGUCUGACCUGGAUGACCUGUGUAUCCCAGAUGACCUGGACGCUCUGGAUGAAAAAUGUGAUAAGACCUUCGUAGACUACAGCCGACCUUCCUCGCGCUGCACUACUCCCGGCCUCUCCCCGGCCACCCUGGCCUCCCUGGGGGGGACCUCCUCGAGACGGGGCAGUGCAGACACAGGCAGCAUUGUCGAUCCUGACACCAGUCUGAGUGAAUUGAGGGAUAUCUAUGAUCUAAAGGACCAGAUUCAGGAUGUAGAGGGGCGGUACAUGCAGGGGCUUAAAGAGCUGAAGGAGUCGCUCUCGGAGGUGGAGGAGAAGUAUAAAAAGGCCAUGGUAUCGAACGCACAGCUGGACAACGACAAAACCAACCUCAUCUACAACGUGGACACACUCAAGGACGUCAUCGAGGAGAUGGAAGAGCAGAUGGCCGAGAUGCGGAGGGAAACUGAGGACAAGUCUAAGGAACUAGAAAGACAAAAGCACACAUGCACAGUCCUGCAGCACAAACAAGUGGAGUUAAAAGAGGGAAUCCGCCAGAGAGAUGAACUCAUAGAGAAGAACCAGCGAAUCCAGACUAACUUAGAUACCCUCACCAGAGAGGUGUUUGACCUGCAGGAAACGAUAAACUGGAAGGACAAAAAGAUUGGGGCCUUAGAGAGGCAGAAAGAGUACUUUGAUUGCAUUAGGAAUGAGAGGGAUGAGCUCAGAGAUGAGCUGGCUGACAUCAAGGCGAAGGCCAAAACAGGAGAGAAACACGGCCUGGUCAUCAUCCCUGAGGGAAUGCCUAACGGGGACAUCAGCCACGACGACCCAGCCACAGGGAUCACUGUGGUCACACAGGAGGCUGCCCAGGUGCUGGAGUCAGCAGGAGAAGGGCCUCUGGAUGUUAGGCUACGAAAGCUUGCGGAUGAAAAGGAUGAACUCUUAGCCCAGAUCAGGAAGUUGAAAAUGCAGCUGGAGGAUGAAAGGCAGAAGCACUUGAAGAUGGAGAACGCCUUCACAGAGGGAGAGAGAAUGGAGAAUGGCACUGAUCUACACGUCAUCGAGAUGCAGAGAGAUGCCAACCGACAGAUAAGUGAAUACAAGUUCAAGCUCUCGAAGGCAGAACAGGAAAUGGGCACAAUGGAACAAAACAUCAACAGACUUGAAGGACAAGUGUCCAGAUACAAGGCAUCGGCGGAAAACUCCGAGAAAAUAGAAGAUGAACUGAAAAUUGAAAAGAGGAAACUUCAAAGGGAGCUGCGUACGGCUCUGGAUAAGACUGAGGAGAUGGAGAUGACCAACAACCACCUAGUAAAGCGCCUUGAGAAGAUGAAGGCCAAUCGGAACGCCCUUCUGUCUCAGCAGUGAGGUCUGCUGGAUUGCCACAGAAGCCCUUAAACUCACACCUCAGAUAGUGUCUGGAGCACAUUUCCAUUCUUCCUCAGUAACACUUAAAGUUGUGUAGCAAAACCAAAAACACUUACAGAAAAAAAGCAAGUUUUUUUUUUUUUAAUAAAGGAUUAGCAUUGGUUUGUGCACCAGUGUCUUCGGAAGGGAGACUCAACCUAUUAAACCAUAGUUACUAGGGGGAGAUGAUGAAUAUAAGGAAAAUUUGACUCAUUACUUUAUUUUUCAAAGCUUUGUACUACAUGUUAUUCACAAGGUUUUACUGCUGGGUGCUUGGCUAUUAUAAUUUUUUUUAAUAAGUUGCAUGAAUGAGUAUAAUGGCGCUUUUUAACUGUUACCCUUACGGCUGCUCUCUGGCCCUGCACCUAUCCAUAAUCCCUCACACAGUGAAGUGCCUUCUCACACCUGGAGACUGAGGGUUUUGCAUUAACCAAACAAUUCAAAACAAUAACUGGUACAGAAUAAUGUAUUUAAAGGUGCAGUCAUGAUUUAAUGAAAUAUAUAGAACCAAUUGUAUGCAGAGGUUUCAUUGAUUUCUCAAAUAUUUAAAGAUUUCUUGGCAAUAAGUGUAAAUGUCAGAACUGUAAAUACAAGGUAGAUUUGUUAAUUUUUUUUGCAUGGGUUAUGGCACAUUGAAUUCCAUUUGUAAGAGUGAUGGUUUGAGGUUCUUUAUUUGGGGUACAUCAGAAGACGGCACUACAUACCACUUCUCAAACAGUGUUCGCUGCUUUGAAAGCCAAGCAGUUUCAAGUCUCAGGACCACACAGUGAUUGUGUCUGGGGCAGCUAUCGCAUUGAAUAAACUCUAACAGAUUUA